AUGACGUCCGCCGCCUCGAACCCUAAUCAGGCCAACCAGCCGGCUCUCCAAAUCAAUAAUGCAGCAUCCCCGCCCAGCAAGCGCGAUCUCAAAUCAUGGUGGAAGGGUUUCAAGCUGCCUUCGAAGCACCAGGAACCCCAGGAAACCCGCCCCCAAGGUAUCUUCGGAGUGCCUUUGCGGCAAAGCAUAACAUAUGCCAACGUCGCCAUCUCACUCAUCGAUGAAAAUGGACAGAGCUACAUCUACGGCUAUGUCCCCAUUGUCGUCGCAAAAUGUGGCGUCUUCCUCAAAGAAAAAGCUACCCACGUCGAAGGAAUUUUCCGGCUUAGCGGUUCGGAAAAGAGAAUAAAGGAGCUUAAGACUAUAUUCGACUCACCUGAUAGAUACGGGAAGGGUCUCGUCUGGGACGGAUACACUGUACACGAUGCUGCCAACGUUCUGCGACGAUAUCUCAACGACCUCCCCGAACCCGUCGUUCCCCUCGAUCUAUACGAGAAGUUUCGCGACCCCCUCCGAGGCGCAACCAAGCAAGCUGUGGGCGAUGCAGAGGGGCCUCAAUUCGUCGAAAAUUUCAACGAGAAAGCGGCCAUCUUGCAGUACCAGCGACUCAUCACGGAGCUACCGCCCUUAAACCGACAGCUACUUCUCUACAUUCUCGAUCUUCUCGCGGUUUUCGCUGCCAAGGCGGACGAGAACCGCAUGAACUCACAAAAUCUGGCUGCCAUCUUCCAGCCAGGCAUGCUCUCGCACCCAGCACAUGCCAUGGCUCCCGAGGAAUACCGACUGAACCAAUGUGUUAUCAUUUUCUUGAUCGAGAACCAGGAUCACUUCCUUAUUGGUAUGCAGGGCACCGCUGCUGAUGAAAAGACCAAGAAAGAGGUGGAGUCUGGCACACCCAGUGGUCCUCUCACCCCUCAGCCUACUCGAAAGACAAGCCUGGGCCGAUCGGCGUCCAAUGCGAGUGCAGGCGCCAACAGUGUGCGGCGGGAUGGCAAGCUUCGAAGAAACCGAUCCGUGUCGUCACGGAACUCCAGGAAUGACGGAAGCUCCACGCCCAAUAGUCCAGCCUUGACAGCUACGCCGACGACAGGUGGAUUGGCUAGAAGCAAUACUGUGCCAUCCAAGAAAUCUCCUGCCAUUGGUGCUGGCCGCUUUCAGAGGUCUGAUGGUUCAGGGCCUCGUUCUCCUGCCCAUCUAGAGCCUUUGACACAAGUCAACCCUACAGAGAGCGUAGAACAAUCUCCCCAAUCGACGAGGUCAUCCGACUUCAUAUCUGGCGGUUACCUCACACCAACGAAGGCUCCUGUAACAGGCCGCAGUCACGAGAGACUACUUGAAGUGCCGCCGGAGUCCUCCACACCAUCCAAGGAGCGCAACAUCCCCAACAUCUUCCGUAGCACACCCAACACUGAUACUGGUGACAAGAGACAGCCUAACAAACUGAAGAAGAAGAGGAUACCGGGAAGCCUGAACCCAAGUGCUCAGAGUUCUGCUGCCUCUUUGACAUACACACACCCGAAUGCUGGAUCAUCUCCUGGAGCGGAACUAGCUAACCCGAUGGAACAUGCUCAGCACCAUGAAUCCGGAACUCAGGCAUUGCCGCAACAACCAGCCCCGAUUCUUGAAGAACGACAUCGAGAAGCAUUGGAGCAGCAGCAAGAACUGCAUGAUCGACCUCCACAUGGGCAAAACCUCCAAGAAACUUCACUCGCACAUCCUGCUCCUCUGACGCAGCAAAAGAGUGACGUUUCAUCUGAGCACACUCCUAGGGCAUCUCAAGCAUCAUCAAACCAGAGCCUUCACCCAGACAAUACACUGAAGUCGAAAAAGUCACCACCAACGUCUCUGCACUCGUCUUUUAAUGAAGGCUCGGACCUGGAUCAAAUUCUUGACGAGCAAUCUGUCAGCACUGUUGAUCAAGCAGAAAAAGAACGAAAGAAACGUUGGCGGUUGUCGAGGAGUAAGAAUGCCGACAACGGCUCCUCUACUGGUCUCACCUCACCACGCCUUGCCCUUGGGCAGAACGACAAUGGCGACGUCAGCAACCUAUCAAUAUCAAGUUCCAGCCAUAGGCCUCGAAAGAGCGAGAGCUCUGACCGACCUUACAUGGUGAGCGAGGGACACGGUAGCUUCGAUCAGGGCAGAGAAAGUGAUUCCAAGGGCCCCAUAGGAUGGAUCAGGAACAAGUACCGUGAAGCAAAGGAGAGUGCGGAACAAAGGAGGAAUAAGUCUCCUCCUCCGGCAGACCGUCCUGUCCUAGGCGCCUCAAGCUUCCAACCCCGAGGAAAGAGUUUGGAAAUUAGAAGAGACGAGCCAACGCAACAUGCUUCCCUUGACGCAAUAGCCGGCGCUCCAGCAGUUGUCUCUAAUCCUGCUGCAGCUCCCGGCCCAGCAACGGGUCCGGCUCCUACAGCGACACAAGUUCCUCAGACAGCCACAGUUUCGAUGGUUCAACCAGAGCCCACAUCGCCUGUCCAGCCAACCCAUCCUCAAGCGCAAGUGCCUCCACCGGCUCAGGUCCAGGCUCAAUCUCAACCUCAGCCGACAACUCCAGCCCAGCCUCCGGUUCAGGAGCAGAGUCGAUCCCCAGUUGAACCAAAAGUUCAGACAGAAUCUCCAAAGCCGCAAAGCCCCCAGACACCCCAGAAAAUCAUUUCUAUGCUUGAUGUCGACACGCCACCGGCCGCUGCUUCUGUAACCACGCAACCGCAGGCGGAGGAACCGAAACCCGUUCAAGAACAGCCACAGCCCCUGUUGUCACAGGAGCCAAAGGCAGAAGAAAAGCCAGUCCAGGCCACCGAGCAGCCGGCAGUGAUAUCGCCUGUACAGCCCGAGCAAGUACAGCCUGAGCAACAGCAAGUAAAGUCAGAGUCAGAGACACCAAAGCAGGAGCAAUAG